UCUUUUUCAAUGAGACUUGUAUAAAUAAUUAUCCUCUACUCUCCCACACACGGUGGCGCUCUGAAAACCCUAAAACCAGGUGCCUUCGUCGUCGAAUUGGAUCCCCUAAGGUUCUGAUAAGCACCAAGAGUUUGAUUUCAUGCCAUUUUGCUUGCUAUAAGUGUUUGUGUUUCUCCGAAUCGAAAAAUGAUAGGUUCCAUAUUGACCUUGCCAGCUCCUCCCACCGAUGGAAACCUGGGGCCGCUGCCGCUUACGCAGCUGACGGAAGUGAAGUCCGAAGAGACGGAAUUGAAUGAGGAGCUGGACAGAGCCGAUGCCCCACCGGCUUCAGUUGCGACGCAUACUAGGACGAUCGGUAUCAUACACCCUCCUCCUGAUAUCAGGAGCAUUGUCGACAAGACUUCCCAAUUUGUGGCAAAGAACGGGCCGGACUUUGAGAAGAGGAUUAUAGCUAGUAAUGAGAACAAUCCAAAGUUCAAGUUUUUGAAAUCCUCAGAUCCCUACCAUGCUUAUUAUCAGCACCGCUUGUCCGAGUUUCGUGCGCAAGCUCAGUCCUCGGGGCAGCAGCCUUCUACAGAGGGUGAUGAUUCCGCGGCACCUGAAUCAGCAGUCAUGGCAGCUCCUGCGGCUGAUGGGGAAGAAGGAACACCUAAGCCGGAUCCAUCUGCGCCGUUUAGAGUGGCGCGGAAAGUUCUUGAACCACCAGAGGCUGAGCAGUAUACUGUUAGGCUUCCGGAAGGAAUUACUGGAGAAGAGUUGGAUAUUAUUAAGCUUACGGCCCAAUUUGUAGCUCGAAAUGGGAAAUCGUUUUUGAAUGGAUUGUCAAACAGAGAGAGCAAUAACCCCCAAUUCCAUUUUCUGAAGCCUACUCAUAGUAUGUUCAUGUUUUUCACCUCUCUGGCUGAUGCAUAUUCUAAGGUCCUGAUGCCUCCAAAAGGUUUGACAGAUAAGCUUAAGAAUAGUGUUGCAGACAUGACAACUGUGCUUGAACGCUGUGUGCAUCGGCUUGAGUGGGAGAGAUCUCAGGAGCAGGCAAGGCAGAAGGCUGAAGAUGAGAUAGAACAGGAAAGGAUACAAAUGGCGAUGAUUGAUUGGCAUGAUUUUGUUGUGGUGGAAACAAUCGACUUUGCUGACGAUGAGGAUGAGGAUUUACCUCCUCCAAUGACACUUGAAGAAGUUAUAAGAAGAAGCAAGGUUACAGAUAUUGAAGAAGAUAAUGUUGAGCCUGGAAAGGAGGUGGAAAUGGAAAUGGAUGAAGAAGAAAUGCAGCUUGUUGAAGAGGGUAUGAGGCAAGCAAGACUUGAAGAGAUCAAUGAAAGGAAGAAUGAUAAUAUGGUAACUGAUGAUCCUGAACCGCCGAUGAGAAUUGUGAAGAACUGGAAGAGACCUGAGGAGAGGAUUCCUGCCGAAAGAGAUCCAACAAAGGUUGUCAUUUCCCCGAUUACUGGAGAACUUAUCCCUAUUAAUGAGAUGUCUGAGCACAUGAGGAUAUCCCUCAUUGAUCCAAAAUACAAAGAGCAAAAAGAAAGGAUGUUUGCUAAGAUUAGGGAGACUACUCUUGCUCAGGAUGAUGAAAUCUCAAGGAACAUUGUGGGCCUUGCACGAACUCGUCCGGAUAUUUUUGGUACUACAGAGGAAGAAGUGUCUAAUGCUGUCAAGGCUGAGAUUGAGAAAAAGAAAGAUGAGCAACCAAAGCAGGUCAUAUGGGAUGGUCACACAGGAAGCAUUGGCCGCACAGCGAAUCAAGCCAUGUCACAGAAUAUCAAUGGAGAGGAUCAGAAUGAUGUUAACAAUCUUCCUGGUCCAGCAGCACCUCCUCCAAGGCCUGGUGUGCCUUUGAUUCGUCCUCUUCCCCCACCACCUGGUCUUGCCUUGAACCUUCCUCGUGUACCUCCAAACACAAUCCAGUAUCCUGCUCCAUCUAGUGGUGGCCUCCCAGUACCUCAACUAAGGCCCCCUGUCCAAUAUGCAUCAGUCCGACCACCUGGACCUCCAAUGCCCAUGAAUUCUGGCCAGCAGUCGCUUAUGGUGAAUCGGCCACCUCCUAUGCAUCCGUCAAUGUCUAUGAAUGCUCCCAGUAAUCCUGUACCUCCUCCACCUGGUUCUCAGUAUACACCUAUGCAAGUUCCCCGGCCUUAUAUGCAUCAUCCUGUUCCGCCACCUACAAUGCAAAUGAUGCCUCCACCACCUAUGCCUCAUGGAAUGAUGCCUCCACCACCGCCACCUGAGGAAGCUCCUCCACCGCUUCCAGAGGAACCUGAGCCAAAACGGCAGAAGCUUGAUGACUCCAUGCUUAUUGCAGAAGAUAAGUUUUUAGCUCAGCAUCCGGGGCCUGUUCGUAUCACUGUGUCUGUUCCUAAUGUUGAUGAAGGCAAUCUUAAGGGACAACUUUUGGAGAUCACGGUGCAGUCUUUAUCUGAAACUGUUGGAAGUCUGAAAGAAAAAAUAUCUGGGGAGAUCCAGCUUCCUGCAAACAAACAGAAAUUGAGUGCAAAGCCUGGCUUUCUCAAGGAUAAUUUGUCUCUUGCAUAUUACAAUAUCGGAGCAGGAGAUACACUUGCUCUUUCAUUGAGAGAACGUGGUGGUAGAAAGCGAUGAACAGAUACUUUCACAAGGCUGAUUAAGGUUGUUGCUGGACAUUCUUGCUACAAUGAGAAUAUAUCAUGUUGGACUUUGUUAGUUUAACUUCUUUUGAUGUUAUAUUGCAAAGUUUAUGUCGGCCAUGUAUUAAUAAGAUAAUUUUUUGCACUUAUUAUUUCUGUCUUUCCACUGAUGGUAAGUCUCAUAUUUACUACAGAUCUGAUGUUUCGGCGAAUUUCUAUUGGUGAAAGGGAAGUAUCAGUUCCUUUUGCUUAGCCAGAGCAAGUGAUUUGCUUUUCAUUUAAUUAUUGCUCCUUUUCUUAAUGCAGUUUUUUUUUCCUAUGGAAAGUAUGUGCUCAUAGUGGUAUUAUGAUUUUGAUAUUCCUGGCAGCAUUGGUAUCAGAAUACCUUUAUUUAUUAUGAACUAAUUUCAGUGUUCACUUCCGAUUUGUUGCUGAAAGAUUCUCUCGGUGGAUGUUGGUAUUUUAGGUCUUUUUCUUACAUUUAGUUUCAUGUUAUUUAGUGAGUUUAACUGGACCUUGAGCAAAACACAUUCCACAAACCCAUGUAUUCUUAUUCUUAGUUAUCACUGAAACAGCCGGUGGCAAAGCAUUGGCCGGUAGAGUUGGUGUUUUCUGAUUAUGAUUGUUAACUACAGGUUUGGACUAUGGUAUGUGGAACAGUUAGAUGUGUAUACUUUAUGCAUCUAAACCAGCCUGGAUUUGGACCACUGGGUUUGAUUGCAACACCAUGUUAAAGGAACAAGCAGGAUUAUUUAUUAAAUUUUUUCUAGGAUUAUUACAGCAGCCUGAGAUAGUAACUAUAUGAAGACAAUCUGUGUUAAGCUAGCUAUUGAGUUUGAAUAUUUUUCAACUGUUUCAGACCCACUGUUGUGUUCUACCCUUAUAUUUGUUUAGGAUUGCCAGAUAAGAUUUUAAUGAUAGAGAAUGUUGCCCUUAGGGGUUUGUGGAUGAAUUGGUCCAGUUGGCUUAACAAGUCACUUACCUGUGAGGGUGGCAAUAUAGUUUGUCUUU